AUGGAUCAAGAGGAAGUUAUUUUUGCAGCCAGAUUAAAUGAGAGAGAAGAAUUAGAAGAUUUUAUCAAUGAAUACGGUUUAGAUGCAGUUUUAAACGCUAGGGAUGAGAGAUCGAAUUCAAUUCUUCACAUGUUAUCAGCUAAUAACCACUACGAACUAUUGAAGGCUGUAAUUAAGUUUGAGGACGACGCAUUCAUUGAAAAAUACUCGAGUUUGUUAGAGAACACACUCCUUCAUCAGAACGAAUCAAAGUCUACGGCUUUACACUGGGCAUCUACGAACGGAAACAAAGAAGUCGCUAUCUUCUUAUGCGAUUUGUCAAAGAAGCUCAAGGGCGAGGUUGAGCACAAGCUCACGUUCUCUACCAACCAAUCUGGUCAGAGUGCUGCAUCUGAGGCAGAGAGAGGUGGACACGAUGAUUUAGUCGUAGAAUUGUUAGCCAGAAUGGAUGCAUUAGACAACGGUACACAAAAGCAAGAAAACGAGAAGGAAGAAUCUCAAGGAGAUGCUAACGGAGAAGACACAGAGGACGUCGUACUCAAAGUUGGUGAUACAAACGAGAUAACGAACAAAGUGGAUGAAAUUAAUUUAUAG